AUGUUGGCGAUGAAUCACGUGCUCGCGAUGCUUUGUAUUGCUGUUUUGCAUACUCUCAUGACAUCAGCAAAAUCAGGAGAAACUUUAAACGAUGCUGAAAAAGCUGUUCAAGCUCGACAAGACGCUCCAGAACCAUUCGAUCAACAAGAAUAUCAAGUUCCACGUGAUAAAUUUUCACCACCAAUCCAACGUAUUGUGUUACUACUGACCGGUUCUUUCAACCCGGUGACCAUCGCUCAUUUGCGAAUGCUUGAAUUAGCGCGUGACUAUUACCAUCUUCGCUCUAUUCAAGUUCUCGAAGGAAUUAUUUCUCCUGUCAGUGAUUCGUAUGGUAAAGCGGGUUUGGUCAAAGUAGAUCACCGUAUUGAAAUGCUGAAAGCCUCGAUCAAAAACGACAAAUGGCUUCGAGUUGACACGUGGGAAGCCGAGCAAACAUCAUGGACACGAACUAAACUCGUUCUCGAUUAUCAUCACGAAAUAAUCAAACAAAAAUACGGUGAAAAGACCGGUAUUCGUUAUCUGUCAGGCGCUGAUGUCGUACGUACGAUGUUAAAUGCAAAGGCUUGGUUACCACAAGAUAUCGAUGAUAUCAUGACAAAAUACGGUGUGGCUUGUAUCACUCGUUUGACAGCACCCGAAUCUGGUCAAGGUGGUGCGACGGUACCAGAUGUGAAAGAAGGCAUGCCUGAUCUUUGGAAAAAACAUACGGAAGUCAUCCAAGAUUGGGUUGUCAAUGACAUUUCAUCGACAAAUAUACGAAAUAAAUUGAAGAAAGGUUGUAGUGUCAAGUAUAUUGUACCUGAUGGUGCAAUAGAUAUUAUUCGACACCAUGGAUUAUAUAAUUCCAAUGAUUCAGUAUGUUUAGCUCAAUGGCCCCAGGAAGAAGAAGUAAAAACAGCCAAUUAA